AAACCAAUAAGCAAACCUCACCUACUACUCCUAUUAUCAUGUCCGUCACUUUCCCAGUCGCUCUUCCUUCUGCUAAUGACCACCGAAUGACUCUCUCUCGUGAGGGUCCUUUGUUCAUCCUUCACUUACACCACAAGGACAACCGCUUCACCACCGUGGCUUGCAAAGCAAUCCUUACUGCUCUUCAAAUUGUCGAAGAUACUUUCCUUGCCACUGAGGACCCAAGUGACAUGGCCCUGAUCACCAUUGGAGAAGAUAAAAUCUUUAGUAAUGGUCUUGAGCUUGAGGAUGCCCUCUCCUACGUUCCAUUUAUGGACAUUUACCUCCAUGUUCUCAAGCGCAUGUUGACAUUCUGCAUUCCCACGAUAGCUGCACUCAAUGGACACGCAUUCGCUGGCGGGUGCAUGUUUUCCUUUGCUCACGAUUACCGUGUUAUGCGCUCUGACCGUGGCUAUAUAUGCAUGAAUGAAGUUGAUAUGCCUUCACCACUAUCUGCUGGAAUGCUUGCGGUUAUCCGUUGCAAGACAACACCAGAAACAUUCCGUAACAUUAUCCUUCAAGGCCAUCGCUUUACUGCAAAGGAGGCAUUGGAGCGACAGAUGGUUGAUGUGAUCUGUCCUGGUGCAGAGGUACUUGAUCAGGCCAAGAAAUUGGCUCUCAAAUGGGCUCCCAAGGCCCAAGCUGGUAUUUGCUACAAGCAAUUGAAGGAUGAGAUGUAUGCUGACGCUAUCAGUGCAUUGUCCAUCCCUUACCACCGUCUUGCUCCUAAGCUUUAAGAGCGAUUAGUGGAUUUGAAUAGUAAGGCUUGUACCUAAAAAAAUUGCGUAUAUUUUUUAUAUUCUUCCUCUUUAUAUUAUUAAUCUCAAAAUUAAUAAACGUAUAUUAUGUAUAUUGCUUUCUAAUU